AUGUCUUCCAAUUCAAACUCCAACAUCCUCCCGAAAUGGUCCACCCUCGGUGGCCCGCUCAAGAACCACCCCAACGCGACAUACUCGUUCCCGACGCGGACCAUGUUCAACGCCGACACGGGCACGUACGUCGCGCACCCGACGUGGUCCAACGACGCGGCGGCCCAGGACCGCGAGCGUGCGCACGUGUAUACCUCAGGUACUUCGACGGGAUUAGGUCUCCGAGGUCACGGCGGAUCCGAAGUGACGAUAUUACUGGUCGAUGAAUCCAUGUCAGUCGCUCGCUUGCUGGUGCUGGUGUUGGUGCUGGUGCAAGACGCCACGAUCAAUAUGUAUGCGCUAAAGGCAUCAGAACUAGCGAGUUAG